UUGAGAAAAGCUAAAAGGAAAAUGAAGUCAGUGAAGGAAUCAGUAGCCAACGCCGGGGCCUCUGCAAAGGCUGGAGUGGAGAAGACGAAGGCCACCGUGCAAGAGAAGGUGGAGAAGAUGCAAGCUCAUUCUCCAAUGGAGAAAGCAACGGCGACAGAGAAGAAAGAAGAGAGGUUAGCACAAGCAGAAGUCAACAAGCUCAAAGCCAUCAAGAACAAUGCAGAAGCAAGAUUUUCUCCCAAAGAUGGUUCCAGCAAUCCAGGUUUCACACCUGGUGCAAAUAUUAGUCCCACUGGGACUGCCUCAUAUUCGACCACCGGGGUGCAAGGGCAGUCCACUGGGGGCCACCAGAUGUCCGCCAUGCCCGGACAUGGCACCGGGCAGCCCACGGACGGUUACGUGGUGGAUGGAGUGGUUGAGUCUCACCCGAUGGAAGUGCACAGCGCACCUGCGAGCACCAUGGCUCAUAACACAGAAGCCGGAGGGAACCCAGUGGUGGCUCGUAUAGUUAAAUGAGUGGUGAAAGAGAGGUGGGCUGUGGUGGAUUUAUAUCAUAAGAGUUUGAUUUUGUAAGGGAGGAUAAGGUUGUCUUUCAUCAUGCUGUGGAAGAUUAGGGAUUCAAGGAGUUUUCCCUCUUUUUUUCUUUUGGUUGUAUCUACCCUUGAAAGACAAUAAGUGCAAUGUUAUGCAAACA